GGUAUCGUGGCGGGUGGCAUGCGGCAGUAGCGUCGCCUAUCGACCCACUCAGCAGCAACAUUCUGACACUGUCGCUCGCCACACAAUGCCGACAAUUCACCAGUAUUCGCAUGUCUCGGGCGCAUGGGUCGCUGCCAGUGGUUCCGAUAACGAUUUUAACACUCUGGGGGCGGACAAUCCACUCGCUGCUAACAUACUCGCCCUCUGGUCGGGUUACCAGCUACGUGCCGAUGCUGCGCCUGGACGACUCGACAAAGUACCGCAGCAACUACUCAACCGCCAGCUGGGUCAGCGAGCGGGAAGGGGAGAUUAUGCAGUUAGCACAGAGCCCUGAUACGCUACCGCGGGCAAUUGACCUGUAUAGAAAGGUGGUCCCGAAGCUGCCGCUGAAUUCGCGCACGCCUUGGAUGCUGCUAAGCCAGUGCCACGACUUGAAGGACACGCGCAGCAUGGAGUGGAUGACAAAAUCGCUGCGGGUGCUGCGUGCAAGCAGCAUUCAGAGUGUGGAGGAGCUGAUGCUGUGCGCGUAUAUGCAUCUGGGCCAGGACGACAGACUGCGCGAGGGUGUGUUUGGGCUGUGUCUGAGGCCAGCCCAGAUUGGAUCGAUGACCAUGACUGCAUUGCUCACAGAGCUUCAGGGCUGCCGUGCGGACCGGCAGCUGGCGUGCAAUCUGUGGGUGGCACUUGUAGAGCUACCAAACUUUGCCCCGUCGCAAACCAACGUCCAGCUGGCAAUGAAGAUUGCGUUGCACACUGGCAAGGUGGAUAUCGCAGUGAAUACAUACCAGAAGGUGCUGUCGCGGCAGUGGGCAGGUGUCAGGCCUGGGUACUGGGCCGAGAGAGUCAUGGUGUACGGACUGGCGAUCAAUGGAAUGGCCAACGAGGCCUUUGAGGUCGCAGCCGCCACGACAAAUGCUGAGGAGUUGGCCAAGGAGCCGCUGGCUCUGCAGACGGCGCAAAAAUACGAGCUGCUCUUGCGUGGGCUGAGCAAGAUUCGGUUUGCCGACGAGGCAGUAGCAGUAUUUGACUCGCUGCUGGGGCUGCUGGCAGUGCGUGGCGACUGGGCGACAGUCGAAAAGUACCUGAACUUGAUGGAAGACGACGGGCAUGUCAUUCCGCACACGGCCUGGAAACGUAUAUUGCUCGGGUUCGCCAAGCAGGGCCAGAUCGAGGUAUGUGACAAGAUUCUGGCAACUAUGGCGGCGCGCAACAUUCCAUAUACAUACAUUGUUGUGUCAGCAGCGCUGGAGGCAUUCACGCGGACGGGCAACUACGAGAUGGUGCUGCGCUGGUACAGCGUCGUGCAUGAGGCGCUAGUUGCGCAAGCGAAAAAAUCCAGCAUCGAGCAGCAGGCGGUGAAUAUCGACGACACCACUACACACGGCGGUAUGGGCACAAGAGGCCCUGGGCACAGCGAGUCUUGUGCGCAAGGGGGCUCGCUGCAGCACCCCGAGCAGUUCAUUGACGGAUUUAUUGAGCGCAAUGAGCUUGUGUGGCAUCGCAACGUGCUGGUGUGUGUCCUGGAGGCGAUCGGCGAGCUUGGCGACCAGACGGCGUUGUUGCGGGUGUGGGAAGACAUCUACAUGUUCCAGGAGCGCGUGCGGACAUUGACGAUGUCGCCGUUUGUAUUUAUGGCGCUGGCGCGGGCUCUGGCGCGCACUGGUGCGCUGGUGCAGUACGAAGAUGUGGUGUACGCCUGGAUCGACGAAGAGCGCAACGGGUUCUCAUAUAGCCAAAGGCAGGAGGCGAUGGCGUUUGUGCGCGAGUGCAUGGCUAGCCGCAAUUUUGCAAUGCGGGGGGCAAGACGCGAGACUAGAGUCGCCAAAGACAGCCCCCAGGUAGCCGGUGAGCCUGUGGAUGGACACGAGCACCCUAGUAUGGACCCGGCCAGCGUGGCAGCAACAUCUGCUAAUGCUCAAAGCAGUACACAUGUGUGAGCCAAAUAGGACAUUGUGUAUACUUGAGAUGGAAAGACUGCAGAGUUGUCUGGACAUGUUAAAGUGUUAUAUGAACAGUGGCUAGGUAAUGAUAUGAUUAAAAUAUAACAGGCUGUGUGCUGGUG